AUGCACGCCACCACCGCCGUCAUCGCCCUUCUGUCCGCCUUGGCCAUCGCUCGUCCUGCCCCCAGCGAAGUCAACGGAGACGAUCUCUGGGGCAACUGCGCCGGCUGGACACCAUGCCAGGACGUCGUCCGCAUCGCCGAGGGAUGCGGCACCGCCAAAACUGAAGGAGGCGAUGUCUUCUCCAAGCCGUCGUGGGUCCAGUGUACCUGCUCGAAAAUCAAGCCGAAGCAGCUGGAGGACUGCAGCUCUGUGUGCCUGGAGUACUUCCGUGAGGGAGGAGAUCUCAAGAAGCUCAAGGAUGCUUGCGGAUACUAG